AACGUACUAGAUUAAAAAAAAAAAAAGAAACUUACUAGAUAGACAUAAUUUAAAAAGAAAAGAAAAAAGAUUCGAUUUUACCAGAAAGCCCCUGCUCUCCUCCUCCUGUUCUCCGCUUCGGAUCUUUUGAAACCUCGCGACUGCACUGCCCUCGAUCGGGAACUGAUAAAUUAGAGUUCAAGAGGGAAAAAAAAAAAUAAUAAAAAAAAAAAACUACGGCCGAGAGAAUAGUGCCUGAAAAAUUAGUAAAAUUAGACAAUCCAAUCGGGUCCUGAUUCACCGAAAAUGGUGGUGGCGGUCUUCCUCGAUUGAGCUGUUCCUACAGAAAAGCCUACGGUGGCACAAUUACUUUACCAUUCGAUUUUCUCGUUUGCUUUCUUGUUCACUUGAAGUAUCACAAUGAAUCCCUCUUCGAGUGGUGAGGAGCUUGCUAUUCUGCAGUUGCAUAAAUGGGACUCAUCUUAUCCUAAACUAAACUUGUCAGAGUUUUGUGAAGCUUUUAUUUCUCCCACAAGGCAGCAGUUAUUGUUGUUUUCAAGGCAGAAUGAAGCUUUGCUACUGCCUCUCUUUACAGAAGAUUGUGGUGUGACUAAUGAAGUGAAGAAUAGUUGUAGUGAAAAUGUUUACUAUCCAGGUUCAGCUUUAGAUCCAAGAAGAGAUGAUAUGCCAUGUCCUUCUGGAUCUGUAGUGGAUUUUGAUAGCGGUUACUCUUUUGAAUGUGAAUCAUUAUCUGGAAGGUCUGCUUAUUUAGGUGAUGUGUACUCUGUUGCCUGGGGUGUUUGUGGGGAUACAUAUAAUCAGCACAAGGAUGCUUUAUUUAGAGAGCUUUUGUUUGUAUCUGGUAGCCAUGGUGUGACAGUUCAUGCUUUUUGUGAAAACAAUACAAACACUACAAUAUCCAGAAGUUCUGAAACUGCAUCACAGGGCAAGUUUGAACAAGGUGAGUGGGUGGAAUGGGGGCCUUCUGUUACGCCAACUUCAAAUGAAAAGGUAGAUGAACCUUUUAGUUCAUUUCAUGAGACCAAUAGGAACGUUGAGGAUGUAAAUACAACCAAUGGAAAUAGUGAAAGUCCACAAGGAGAUGAGAGGUCAAGAGGUAUUGAAUCGAAGUUAUGGUUGCAAUCCUUUCUUGCUAAUGUUGAAGAUUUUGAAUCUGAUGGUCAAAGAUGGACCAGAUUUCCUGAUAAGUCAUCAUUUCCUCCCUCAGCCAAAGUUGUUUCAUUUCACAUUUUUAAUAGUGGUUUUCCUUUUAAGGACUUCGUACCUCAUAGUAACUCUUUGUUAAAGGAGUGCCUGAAGGAAAAGGUACGUGAUUCAGGUGGUGAUGGGUCUACAAAAUUAAAUUCAUCUCCAUCUGGUCCUAGUUUUGAGCCAGAUGUUUUGUCUAGUUCUUUUAGUGUUGGGAAAAGCAGUAUGUACAAAUGCUUCAGAGUAUUCUCCAGCAAUUCACACUAUGUUGGAUUUGCUUUGACAUUGGUGGAUCCUGUAUCUACUGAUAAGAGGGAUGAAAGUGCUAAAAACCUAUACAAAAACUUAGUCCUUGUUGCAAUGUUGGACAAAUGGGCGAUCCAGUGGGUUUCGCUAGUGAAGCUGGAGGAAAAUCAAAAUAUAGGCCCACUGGUUGAGUGGACAGAUUUUUGUUUUUUUAAUAAUCUUCUUGUUGCUCUCACUUCUUCUGGCUUUGUCGUUUUUUAUUCUGCAAUGUCAGGUGAGUAUGUUGUGCAUAUAAAUAUAUUACAGACUUGUGAACUUGAACCUAAUAUGGAAUUGUGUGAGCAAACCAAAAUGUCUGUAGGCAUAGUUAGGAAAAAUAUCGAAGUUGAAAAGGUUCCUGGCAAGAGAGUAUUUAAUAGGUUGAUUCAUGCUUCACAUACCUUUAUGUUAGCAGCAGCUGAUGAAUGUGGUGUAGUUUAUGUGAUAUGUGCUGAUCAGUAUAUUGUGGAUAGAGAUGAGAAAUUUUUUCCACAUUGUCAACAUUUUGGACUUGGAAUUUUGGCUGGGUGGGAGGUUGGUGGUUCCUGUAUAUGCUGCCAAAGAUCAUAUUCUAAGUUUUCUGGUUCUCACCAACCUUGUUUUUCAUCUAUGUGGAGCAGAUAUCAUUCUUUCUUAAGUUAUUCCAGAAAUCAUGCACUUCACGAAAUACAGCAUUGGAACCUUAAUGGGGAAGGAAUGCAGCAAUACACAAAAUGCUUUAGUGGUUUCUUUACAGCUUAUGGGAGUACCAAUCAGACCCUUCAUGAUGCUGUAGGGAAGUCCCGUCGUAUGCGCAGAAUAUUUCUUCCCACUAAUAGAGUUAAUAAGGAUGAUUCAAUUUGUUUUUCUCCUUUCGGAAUAACUCGUCUGAUUAGAAAGCACAACACGAAAGAUCAAAAUGGUUCUCAAAUUGUUCAUUUCAAUCUUUUUACAGAGUCAGCAAUUUGUGAUGAUAGUGGCUUGCUUAUGGAAUGUGAAAUGCAUCUCCAGAAUGGAAGAAAAGAAUCUUUUACUGGAGAUGCAGUUGGUUGCACUUUCCAGGGUUGCUUUUACCUUGUGACAGAAAAUGGUCUUUCAGUGGUUCUGCCCUCUAUUUCAGUUUCAUCAAGUUUCCUUCCUAUUGAAUUCAUAGGAUACAGGCAGGGGAGUAUCAACUCAGGCAGUGUAUAUAAAGAAAAGGACAAUAUGGAAAUUAGAAACUUUAGACACCCAUGCUCAUCCUGGACUAUUGAAGUUCUUGAUAGGGUUCUCUUAUAUGACAGUGUUGAAGAGGCAGAUCGCUUAUGUAUUGAAAAUGGGUGGGAUUUGAAAAUACCUCGAAUACGUCGAUUGCAGUUGGCUUUGGACUACUUGAAAUUUGAUGACAUAGAGCAAUGUUUAGAUAUGCUUGUGGGAGUCAACUUAGCAGAAGAAGGUAUUAUGCGGUUGCUGUUUGCUGCAGUUUAUUUGAUGCUUCGUAAAAGUGGCAAUGAUAAUGAUGUUUCUGCGGCAUCAAGGCUUCUUACCUUGGCUAGUCGCUUCACUACCAAAAUGAUUCGCACAUACGGAUUACUACAUCAUGAAAAUAAUGCAUAUUUAUCACAUGGUUUUGAGUUGACGGAAGUACAUCAUCUUCCACCUCUCCUACAUGAUAAAUCUCAGAAUGAAGUUGGAACUUCCAGAAGGCUUCGUGAGAUGGCUCAUUUUUUGGAAAUAAUAAGAAAUCUACAGUCUCGGCUUAGUUCAAAAAUGAAGAGGCCUGGCCAAGGAUUGGUAAAUGGUGGGGAUGAAUCAGGACUCGCGCCUGCAGAUUUAUCAUUGGACGAGUCCAAACUUUCAAUUCUUUCUUCAAACACCCUAUCUUUGGAGACAGUAAAUCAAAAUGAUAAUUCUUUUCAUGUAUCUGCUGUGGGAUCUAAUUAUGCUGAGAAUCUUGCUUUGACUCAUAUGGAUCUUAAAGCUCAUGUGGACCCAGGGAAUUCGCAUGAGGUGUCUGCAAUUGUAUCUCAAGAAGGGCUCCUUCAAAAUAAAAUUCUUUCUUUGGAAAAUCCCAAGGAAAUGAUUGCACGUUGGAAGAUAGAUAAUUUGGACCUUAGAACCGUGGUCAAUGAUGCUUUACUAUCUGGACGUCUGCCCUUAGCGGUUCUUCAACUUCAUCUGUAUCAUUCAAGAGAAUUAAUUUCAGACAAAGAGCCUUAUGAUACUUUUAAUGAAGUUCGUGAUAUUGGAAGAGCCAUUGCAUAUGACCUAUUUUUGAAGGGUGAAACUGGACUUGCUGUGGCCACUUUGCAAAGGCUUGGAGAGGAUGUUGAAACAAGCCUCAAGGAGUUAUUGUUUGGCACAGUAAGGAGAUCUCUUCGAGCACAAAUCUUUGACGAGAUGAAAAGAUAUGGUUACCUGGGACCAUACGAGUGGAAGAUUAUGGAUAGAAUAUCUCUCAUUGAGAGGCUAUAUCCUAGCAGCUGCUUCUGGAAUGCAUUCAAUGGACGGCAGAAAGAAUACAUGAGGGUUCCAGCAAGCUCACAUUUGCCAAGGAAUAAUUUGAAGCUUUUGCAUUCUGAUGUAUUCAACAAUUUUACCAUCGAGUGUGGUGAAAUUGAUGGGGUUGUUUUGGGUUCAUGGACAAAUGUCAAUGAAAACCCUUCUGUUCCUGUAGUUGAAGAUGAAAAUGUUCUGGGGGGAUACUGGGCAGCAGCUGCUGUUUGGUGUAAUGUCUGGGACCAGAGAACGAUUGAUCGUAUAGUUUUGGAUCAGUCUUUGGUUAUAGAUGUUGAUGUACUGUGGGAAUCACAACUUGAUUACUACAUGAGCCAUGGUGAUUGGGAGAGAGUCUCUAAACUUCUGGACCUGAUUCCUGAACUAAGUUUAGAAGAUGGAAGCCUCCAAGUCAGCUUGGACAGUCCCCAGCCUACUUCAACUGUUGGAUGUGCUAUGGAAUCUUCUUUGCAUCGUGAUUACUUCUCUGCUCUUGAAGAAUUGGAUGCUGUGUGUAUAUAUAUUCCAAAUGUAAAACUUUUGAAGUUUCCAGAUAAUAUUAUGGGCUCUACUUGGCUAAAGAUGCUAAUGGAGGAGAAGCUUGCAAAGAAACUAAUAUUUUUAAAGGAAUUCUGGGAAGGCACUGCAGAAAUAGUUCCUAUUUUGGCUCGUGCUGGCUUUGUCACAAGUCAAAAUGAAAUCCUUAAAAAUGCUGAGUCAGUGGAGAGUUCAUCAAAUUCAAAUUUGUCCACAGAUGGUGGAGCAUUUGGUUUUGAUACAGUUCAGGCUCUUCAUAAAGUAGUUAUACGUUACUGUGUCCAGUGCAACUUGCCACACCUUUUGGACCUUUACCUUGACAAGCACAUGCUGGUUCUAGAUACUGGUUCACUUUCUUUGCUACUGGAUGCUGCUGGAGAUUGUGAAUGGGCAAAAUGGUUGAUGUUGUCUAGAGUCAAGGGGUGUGAGUAUGAUGCAUCAUUUUCUAAUGCUCGUUCAGUAAUGUCACGUGGCUUAGUUCCUUCUACUGAUCUUCUUGAGGUGGAGGAAGUAAUUUGUACUGUAGAUGAUAUUGCCGAAGGAGGGGGAGAACUGGCAGCUUUGGCAACACUUAUGUAUGCCCCUGUCCCUAUUCAGAAUUGUUUGAGUAGUGGUGGAGUAAAAAGGCAUAGUAACUCCUCAUUCCAGUGCACAUUAGAGAACCUAAAGCCCACCUUGCAAAAUUUCCCCACAUUGUGGCGUGCACUUGUGUCAGCAUGUUAUGGACAAGAUUCAACUUCUAGUUUUGUGGGUUCUAGAGGAAAGAAUGCUUUAUCAGACUACUUAAGUUGGCGCGACAGCGUAUUCUUCUCUUCUGCAAAAGACACUUCACUUCUCCAAAUGCUCCCUUGCUGGCUUCCUAAGGCCGUGCGAAGAUUAGUUCAGCUUUAUGUUCAGGGUCCGCUCGGAUGGCAAUCAAUGUCUGGCUUACCACUUGGAGAAACUUUGCGGCACAGGGAGAUUGAUUUUUUUGUAAAUAUUGAUGAGAAUGCUGAGAUCAAUCCAAUCUCAUGGGAAGCAACUAUCCAAAAGCAUGUUGAACAGGAACUCUGUGAUCCUACCCUUGAGGAAACUGGACUUGGGCUUGAGCACCACUUGCAUCGAGGCCGAGCUUUAUCUUCUUUUAACCGUCUUCUUUCUGUUAGAAUUCAAAAUUUAAAAUCAGAAGGACAAUCUGGUAAUUUGACACAAGGACAAACAAAUAUCCAAUCAGAUUUGCAAAGACUUCUUGCACCGCUAACAGAAACUGAAAUCUCUCUUCUUUCAUCUGUUGUGCCACUUGCUAUUAUGCAUUUUGAGGAUUCCAUCUUGGUGGCUUCAUGUUCUUUUCUUCUAGAGCUCUGUGGCUUAUCUGCAAGUAUGCUCCGUAUGGAUAUUGCAGCCUUAAGACGGAUAUCAUCUUACUACAAGUCUAAUGGAAGUAAUGAUAAUCAAAGGAAACUUUCACCUAAUACUGUUUCCCGAGAAGGUGAUAUGGUUGAAUCUCUUGCUCGUGCUCUGGCAGAUGAUUAUCUGCAUCAGGGAAGUGUAACAAAGCCAAAAAAACCUGCGAGUUUAGUUAGUGGUAAACAAUCCUCGCGAGCUCUCAUUCAUGUUCUGCAUCAUUUAGAAAAGGUCAGUCUCCCUUUGAUGGUGGAUGGAAAGACAUGUGGAUCUUGGCUUUUGAGUGGCAAUGGUGAUGGAAUUGAGUUGAGAUCUCAACAAAAAGCUGCCAGUCAGCACUGGAAUUUAGUUACAGUAUUCUGUCAGAUGCAUCAACUUCCCUUGAGCACAAAGUAUCUUGCUGUACUAGCAAGAGACAAUGAUUGGGUUGGAUUUUUAUCUGAAGCUCAGACUGGUGGAUAUCCUUUUGAUGCAGUAAUUAAUGUGGCAUCAAAGGAGUUUAGUGAUCCACGGCUUAGAACUCACAUAUUAACAGUUUUGAAGGGGAUGCAGUCAAGAAGAAAAGCUAGCACAUCUUAUGCAGACAAUACAGAGAAAAGGACUGAAACUUUCUUUUCAGAUGAACAAAUUUGUUUCCCUGUUGAGUUGUUUAGAAUUUUAGCAGAAUGUGAGAAGCAGAAAAAUCCUGGGGAAGCCCUCCUGAAGAAAGCAAAGGAUUUGUCCUGGUCAAUUUUGGCAAUGAUUGCAUCAUGCUUUUCAGAUGUUUCUCCCUUGUCCUGCUUGACAGUGUGGCUGGAAAUAACUGCUGCAAGGGAAACGUCUUCCAUUAAGGUAAACGAUAUUGCUUCCCAAAUUGCGGAUAGCGUUGCAGCUGCAGUUGAAGCUACUAAUUCUCUUCCAGCAGGAGGCAGAGUGCUUACAAUUCAUUACAACCGUCGGAAUCCAAAACGUAGGUGCAUUAUGGGCUCCAUGCCAAGAGAUCAGUCAUCUUCUACUGAUAUUUCAACUAGUCCCACGGGUGUAAAAGCAUUUGCUGCCGGAGAUUUCAUGGUUGAAGAAGAAAGAAAAAUAGAACUUCAUGACACUGAUGAAGGACAUGUUUCUCUCUCCAAGAUGGUUGCAGUUCUUUGUGAACAACACUUAUUCUUGCCUUUGUUAAGGGCAUUUGAAAUGUUCCUACCUUCCUGUUCUUUCUUACCUUUCAUACGUGCUCUUCAGGCAUUUUCACAAAUGCGCCUAUCUGAAGCAUCAGCACAUUUGGGUUCCUUUUCUGCCCGGAUUAAAGAGGAACCAGCACAGUUGCAGAGUAAUAUGGGAAGAGAAGACCAGAUUGGAAUAUCAUGGAUAAGCUCCAUGGCUGUUAAAGCUGCAGAUGCUAUGCUUUUAACUUGUCCAUCCCCAUAUGAAAAAAGAUGUUUGCUAAAACUUCUUGCUGUGACUGACUUCGGUGAUGGAGGAUCAUCAGCUACGCAUUACCGGCAACUUUAUUGGAAAAUUAAUUUAGCUGAGCCUUCACUACGCAAAGAUGAGCUUUUACAACUUGGAAAUGAAACUUUAGAUGAUGCAUCACUUCUCACAGCAUUAGAAAAGAAUGGUCUUUGGGACCAAGCGCGUAACUGGGCCAAGCAGUUGGAGGCCAGUGGUGGACCAUGGAAAUCUGCUGUUCAUCAUGUCACUGAAACUCAGGCUGAAUCUAUGGUAGCCGAAUGGAAGGAAUUUCUUUGGGAUGUUCCAGAAGAGCGGGUUGCUUUAUGGGGCCAUUGUCAGACACUGUUCAUAAGAUAUUCUUUCCCUGCUUUACAGGCAGGAUUAUUUUUUCUUAAACAUGCAGAAGCUGUGGAAAAGGAUCUCCCAGCAAGAGAGCUUCACGAACUGUUAUUGCUUUCAUUACAAUGGUUAAGUGGGAUGAUAACCCUGUCAAGCCCAGUUUACCCAUUGAAUCUUCUGCGGGAAAUUGAGACUAAAGUUUGGCUCUUGGCCGUAGAAUCCGAAGCACAAGUGAAGAGCGAAGGAGAACUCAAUUUGACCAAUUCCAUUCGUGACCCAAUUAAUAAAAUUUGCUCCAGUAUCAUUGACCGAACAGCAAAUAUAAUAAUAAAAAUGGAUAAUCAUAUUAAUACAAGCAAAAGUAGAAGUACAGACAAACAUGACAUAAGGGACAAUUACCAGGGGAAUUACAAAAACCCGUCAGAUGCUAAUUUGUUUUCUACAGUAGGUGGAACUACUAAGACAAAGAGAAGAGCAAAGGGAUUUGUGACAUCUAGACGGCCAUUAGUUGAUACAGUAGACAGAAGUGUCGAAUCUGACGAAGUUCCCUGUUCAAUCUACUGUAAAAAUGAAAUUCCAUUGCAGGAUGAGAAUGUCAGAACAGGUAUGUCUUUUUCUAGAUGGGAGGAAAAAGUUGGAACUGCAGAAUUGGAGAGGGCUGUUCUUUCACUGUUAGAGUUUGGACAAAUAUCAGCUUCUAAGCAACUCCAACAUAAGCUAUCUCCAGCACAAGUACCUUCUGAAUUCAUACUUGUAGAUGCUGCAUUGAAGCUUGCUGCUCUUUCAACUCCAAGUGAACUUGUAUCCAUAUCAAUGUUGGAUGAGGAAAUACGUUUAGUUAUGCAUUCAUAUAACAUACUGACUGAUCAACAUCAGAUUGAACCGGUGCAGGUCUUAGAGAGCUUAGCAGCCAUCUUCAUUGAAGGUAGAGGUCGUGGCCUGUGUAAAAGAAUAAUAGCAGUUGUGAAAGCUGCAAAUGUCUUGGGCCUUUUUUUCGCUGAAGCAUUUGAAAAACAGCCAAUUGAAUUACUACAGCUGCUUUCACUUAAAGCCCAAGAAUCAUUUGAGGAAGCAAAUCUUCUUGUGAAAACUCAUUCCAUGCCAGCAGCUAAUAUUGCUCAAAUUCUUGCAGAGUCCUUUCUAAAGGGCUUACUGGCGGCACAUCGUGGGGGAUAUAUGGAUUCUCAAAAGGAGGAAGGACCUGCUCCCUUAUUAUGGAGAUUUUCAGAUUUCUUGAAGUGGGCAGAGCUUUGCCCAUCUGAACCUGAAAUUGGUCAUGCAUUGAUGCGUAUGGUAAUUACUGGACAAGAGAUACCGCAUGCAUGUGAGGUUGAGCUUCUUAUUUUGUCCCACCACUUCUACAAAUCAUCAGCUUGCCUUGAUGGAGUUGAUGUUCUUGUAGCCCUUGCAGCAACCAGGGUGGAUGCUUAUGUCUUGGAGGGUGAUUUUUCAUGUCUGGCUCGCCUCAUUACAGGGGUGGGAAACUUCCAUGCCCUGAAUUUUAUACUAGGCAUUCUUAUAGAAAAUGGUCAACUGGAUCUUCUUCUUCAAAAGUAUUCUGCUGCCACAGACACAAACACUAGCGCCGUCAGGGGGUUUCGCAUGGCUGUUCUUACAUCACUGAAGCAUUUUAAUCCUAAUGAUGUUGAUGCAUUUGCGAUGGUCUACAACCACUUUGACAUGAAACAUGAAACAGCUGCUCUUUUAGAAUCUCGAGCAGAUCAGUCCUCUGGGCAGUGGUUUGGUCGUAAAGACAAUGACCAGAAUGAAGACCUAUUAGAUGCUAUGCGCUAUUUCAUUGAAGCUGCUGAAGUUCACUCCUCCCUUGAUGCUGGCAACAAAGCACGUAGAGCUUGUGCUCAGGCUUCCCUUCUGUCGCUCCAAAUCCGGAUGCCUGACAUUCAAUGGCUUUACCUGUCAGAGACAAAUGCCAGGAGAGUCUUAGUUGAGCAGUCCCGUUUUCAAGAGGCACUAAUAGUUGCUGAAGCCUAUGGGCUUAACCAGCCAAGUGAGUGGGCUUUGGUACUUUGGAAUCAGAUGUUUAAGCCAGAACUACUUGAAUUUGUGGCCGAGUUUGUGGCUGUUCUACCGCUCCAGUCUGCAAUGCUAACUGAUCUGGCGAAGUUUUAUAGAGCCGAGUUAGCUGCUCGAGGAGACCAAUCCCAGUUUUCAGUUUGGCUUACUGGGGGAGUGCCAGGAGACUGGGCGAAAUACUUGGGGAGAUCGUUCAGAUGCUUAUUAAGGAGGACUAGGGAUUUGAAGUUGCGGCAUAGCCUAGCUCAAAUGGCAACUGGGUUUGGUGAUGUAAUUAAUACAUGCAACAAGUUAUUGGAUAAGGUCCCUGAAAAUGCUGGACCUCUUGUUCUGAAAAGAGGGCAUGGUGGGGCUUACCUGCCAUUGAUGUGAAUUUCAUGACAACAUUUGAUAAUGGAUGGUGAGGACAAGACGAAGGCAUGUUGACGAAUACUGAUUUUUAUUUAUUUAUUUCUAUAUCUCAUGUGAAAAAACUGUACUAAGAAUUUUACUUCACCUUUAAGAGUAAAUGUGGCCGACGGAGGGAGAGUGUUGGUGGGGGUGCAAGAGAGCAGGGUGGGAAAGGAGGUUCAGAUAAAGUGGAAGAAAAUGAGAAAGGAAAAACAUAUAUACAGAAAUAGCUGCAUGAUAUGCAAGUUUUGGUAUAUCCUGAAAUGGAUUACAAGUUCGAGCCUUUUUAUCAUUUUUCAGAGUCAUCAGAAAGCCAGAAUCAAAGACUAAAGUUUAAGGCGUGUAGUUAGGUUAAAUAGUCGGUUACUACCAAAGUUUUGUGAAAUGUUGAUUCUGUUCUCUGGCUUUUUUAAAAGUUCAAAAAAAGAAAAAAAAUCCCUAUUCUUUGAUUGACAUUUUUUGGGUUGGUUAUACUUGAAAUGAUUCACGAGAAAUGGUGAAUUUUUGUAAGUAAUGUACAAUAUGUCAAUAUUUUUUUUUCCUUCCCCAUAUAUGGCUUAGUUGAAGUGAAUUAGAAUGGAA